AUGUUUGUCGUAUUAGCGUUUGUUUUUCUCUGUCUACUUGUAUUAUAUGUAAAAUAUAAAUAUUUUACUUCUCAUCGUUCAAUUCCAAGUUUACCGGGACAUUUCUUAUUUGGAAAUUUACUUCAAUCAGGACUAUUACGUGGAGUUGCUUUUCCACAAGUUUAUACAUCAUUCAAAGAUCAACUUGGUGAUAUUUAUGAGAUUAAACUUGGAUUUUUACAUGGAAUAGUCGUUGGUGAUAAAGAUGAUUUACAGCAUAUUUUUUCUCAUCGACAUAUUUAUGAUCAAGGUGAUUGGAUGGUGGAAAUAUUGAGUGUUGUUAUACCAGAUGGUCUCAUUACUCUGAAAGGUGCAAAAUUCAAGCGACAUGCUUCAAUCACAAUGCCUCUAUUUCGUCAUGGAAAAAUUCGUUCAAAUUUCGAUUUGAUUAUUAAUUGUACUGAUGAACUUUUGAAUAAUUGGCGUUCAAGUUCUUCGGAUCACAUUCAUUGUGAUAUUUUACAACAAUGUCAAAAUCUUCUACUGGAAAUUUUCGGAUUCAUUAGUUUUGACUAUGAUUUCGAUACACUUCGUGGAACAAAUAAUAAUGAACUUACACAAGCAUUAAGAGACCAUAUCGGUACAGUGGAAUUAGGUUUUUAUAUGCCAAGUUUACUCCUCAAUGCAUAUUUGAAAUUAAGUCCGAAAUGUCGACGAGCUCGAACGACAAUCAAACAACAUUUGUAUCGAAUGAUGGAACAAGAAUUAAAUGAAACUCCAGAAUCGAGAGCUCAACGAAAGAAGACAUCAUUAAUUGCUUCAUUAGUUGCUUCAUUACAAAUAGAUGAACAAGCAGAAGAAAGAAAAAGUGAAGAGGAGAGAAAAGGCCUAACACGACGUGAAAUAUUAGGAGAAAUGCUUAUGUUUCUUAUUGCUGGUUUCGAAACAACAUCUACAACUUUGGCAUGGGCGAUUCAUCUUCUCAGUAAAAAUUCGGGAGUACAACAGAAAAUCAAAGCAGAAUUGAUGAAUGAAAAUGGUCAUCAUGAUUUGACAUUAGAUCAUUUUGAUUCACUUAUCUAUUUGGAUUGUGUUAUCAAAGAAAUCUUACGUUUUUCUCCACCUAUCGAUUCAGUAGUUCGAACAUUAACUAUGGAUGAUUGUUUACCAAACAGUGGUAUUCAAUUAUACAAAGGCGAUCAAAUAAUUAUUCCCAUAUGCAUUCUGUCAAGAGAUCCACGAUAUUGGUCGAUCGAUCCGGAAUUAUUCUAUCCAGAAAGAUUUUUAGUUGAAGACAAGAAUCAUAAUCCUUAUGUAUUUCUUCCAUUUGGUAGUGGUCAUCGACAAUGUAUUGGACAAGAUUUAGCACGAUUUGAACUCAAAGUUAUUGUAGCUCGACUAAUGCAAUAUGUUACAUUCAUUGAUGGUGGUCCUGAAGUGAAUGCUGGCGGACAUCUACAAGGAGCGACUAUCAUGCCGAAAUAUGUUGGCAUUAAAAUUAAGUUUGAUUCAGAAAUUUAA